GCAGCCUCCUAGCUCUUCCCACCGGGCAACAGGGACGGGACAGGCCGCUUGCGCUGAGCCAGCGAGGUCCCGACCCGUGCAGCACUCCAGAAUGUUGAGAGGAAUUGCUAAUAGUGCAACACACAUGUUUACAUUUUCGUUGACUAGAUCUCAGCACUGCAAACCAUUGUUGACUCUCUCAUCCCUGUGGAAAAACAUAAAAGAUGCAAGCUUUUUACAGCAUUUCAGUUAUACAACUGAUAUAAAAUCGAAAGUGGAGAACAAAAGAACUGUGGAGAAUCUCUACAGAUUAGCCGUUGAUAUUAAAAAAAUUCGGAGACUAAAGGAGUGGGUCCUCUUUCAGGAUGCAGCCUAUGUUAAAGAAACUGCUAACGCUUUACGUGAAAUGGGAGCUGAUAAGACUGCCAUAGCAAAUAUUUUGGAACGUUGCCCAGAGGCAAUCCUCUGUACCCCAGCAGAGAUAAACUCUCAAAGAGAUCUGUGGCAAUCAGUAUGCCAGAAUGAAAAACAACUGGUCAAAUUAAUAGAACAAUUUCCAGAGUCUUUUUUUACUGUUGAACAUCAUGAGAACCAGAAAUCUAAUGUUCAAUUCUUUCAAGAGUUGGGACUGAAGAAUAAUAUAAUCAGCAGGUUCUUCACAAGUGCACCCGAUAUUUUUUACAAGCCUGUUGAGAAAAACAAACAUAUAGUAGAGACAUUACAGAGAAUGUAUCUAAAUUUAGGUGGUUCUAAUGCCAAUAUGAAGAUCUGGCUUCUGAAAUUAUUGAGUCAAAACCCAUUUAUUUUGUUAAAUAGCUCCACAGCAGUUCAGGAGAACUUGGAGUUUCUCCAGAAGAAAGAUUUCACUGAUUCUGAAGUUCUGCAGCUGCUAUCUAGGCUUAAAGGUUUUAUUUUUAAUCUUAGUCCUGACACUAUGCAGAGGAGCAUGUUUUUUUCCAAAGAUGUUUUUAAGUGCAGUGAUCAAGAAUUAAAAGAGCUCGUGUUGAAAUGCCCUGCUCUCCUCUACAAUUCUGUUCUAGUUCUGGAAGAAAGACUCAGGGGACUGCUGAAGGAAGGAAUUUCUGUAGAUCAGAUUAAAGAGACGCCAAUGGUGCUGGAGCUGACAACCCAAAUUGUGCAGUACAGAAUUAAAAAGUUAGCUGCUUUAGGAUACAAUAUAAAAAAUGGAAAUCUAGAAAAUUUGAAUGGAACAAAGAGAGAUUUUGAAGCCACUUAUUGUAGGAUACAAGCAAAGAGAGAGAGACCAAUGUUUAAUCCUGUUGCUCCUUUAAAUUAAUUUGAAUACCUUUAAUUUAUUCAAAAAGGGAACUUUAACCUUUAAGGAUGGAAAUAAAAAUAUCCUUAGCCAAAUUGUAUUCUGUUGCAUGAAAUUGUGCAGUAGCUGGCUUUAAUUCAUAGCUCACUGGUACUUUUAAAAGUUGUAUUACAAAAAGUGACCAUAAUAAAAGGUUGGCAAUAUAAUUGCUAUCAUUUACAUAAGGACUAGGUUUUUAGAUUGUAUCCCAAGCACACAAUUUUUAAAGAAGUUUCCCCAUCAAACUGGCCACCAAUGUACCUAGGUCUUUAGCAAUUGGUGUUGUACUGGCCAGUCCUAUGAUAAUACCGAGAACGAUUAUACUAACCAACAAGAAAAGUUAGCAGCAUGAAUUUUCAAAACUGUUCAUCAGGCAGCAGGUAAGUAAAAGACUUUCAAAAAGUCCUUUAGGUAACUGCUACUGCAGCAAAGAAGCCACUGGAAGUUGAGCCCAAAUUGAAGCUCGCAAUCUUAUGGGAUGGAAGGAGAUUACAUAGCUAGAGUCUCCACGGAGAGGAUGUGCAAAGACUAUUUACCAUAUUUAUGUACAAUCAUUACUAUAAGAGGGCCUUGUCACUGUCUUAGUGUGGUCUCAUCUUCUCCUGACUGACCUUCUUAGUUUUCUCUGUCAGUUGCUGGACAUUUGCCUCCAGUUAAGUCCAUCAGCUCUUCACAUUUCGGGUUUGCAGUCUCUCGGCUGUUUUUGUGGAGACAGCCUGGUACUAUUCCACACCUUUCUGCCUCUCAUUCUUUCCCUGUACUCUCCAUUUUUUCUUGUUUUCUCUAUUGGUCACAGCUGUGGAUGCCUGCUUUUAUGAUUUGCAGUUCUAGCAGCUGCCUGGGGUUGUGAUCAAGCUGCUUGUUUAUUAACAGGAAAGAUUCUCCUCCCUCCUCUGUGUGCCCAAUCUGGGGUUUGUAGACCCCAUUACAGGCCCUGAUUUGGUUGGGGACUCUGGGCGCUAAAAUAAAGCGAAUAAAUAACAAAAUGGUUUUAGAGGGUCUCUUUCAAGGUUAUGAAACCUCAAGCUGGCUCCUCUUUCAGGAACACUCUCUCUCUUUUUUUUUUUUUGGCCUUGACUUCUGUCUGUUAUUCCUCCUCCUCUUCCUGGGGCUAGAAGGAGAACAGGAUCAGAGAGGGAAUUAGCUAAAGACUGCUUCCAGAAGGAAGGAGGCAGAGAAGUCUGAGGGGAAGAGUGUGGUCUUGUGCCUGAGCCACAGCUACUUUAAAAGGCACAAGUCUUUGCUUUUAAACUACUGAAUAUUAAAAGUGGACAAGAUAUGCAAACAGCCACUGCAGUUAUUUCUUAAGCAUAUGGAAAAACAGAUAUCUUAUAUACCACGAUGUGAUAACUGCUGAGGAAUGCUGACCUUUUAAUAGCAGUUACUAUAGGUAGUCAUUAGUCUUUGUGGGUGUGAAAGAAGUGAUACAUGACAAAAACAAUCAUUAGAUGUCACCUGACUGAAAUUAAAGUUGUCGAGGGUUUCUGCAUAAGCUUUCAUGAGCAAGUCGUCUGUAUAUAUUCCUCCUUUGCAGGCAGAAGAUAAAAAUGCAUGAAAGAGUGGUGAGGUGAGCAACUGCUAAGGGACAUGUUCCAUAUUUUAAAUGUCUGGAAAUUCAAACAAGUGUGAUCAAAAAUAUCAAAUUGUAAAUUGAUUUUGUAUCAAAUUUUCAAAAGAAAAACCUACUAAAUUCUUGGGGCUUAACCAUGAACCAAAACUGUUGACUACAAUGGGAAUUUUUGUUGUGCAUGAAAUGUAAGAUCAGGUCUGUUCUCUUUGAAAUAACCCUGCUGAAUACUUGAACUGUUAUUUUGCUUGUCAUGAGUAUACAUUUCACAUAUAAACAUACAUAAAGUACAAUUGACUGUAACACUUGCUACAUUCGCUGUAUAAUUAAGGACAUGUCGGCAAUAAAUCAGUUUUUUCUUCA